UCAAUCAAGCGUGGCAACCACUCUACGAGAGCCCUCUACAUGACCUGCUGCAACAAUCCUCGUGGUGUCCGCUAUCUUACCAAAGAAGCCUUUCUGAUUAUGGUCAUCCCUGGACCAAAUGAACCAACGCUCGUGCAACUCAACAAAAUU